AUGUCAGAUAUUGACCAAGAGUACAUCGGUCAAGUCGCCGCUCGCUCUCUGUUCGCCAAUGCGACAGUGACUUUGCUGGAUGUCGGCAUACAACUAUUCAUGGUUCUCUACGGCCUCUCCGUUUUUCUCGAGACACCUCGGCCACUGCGAAAAGGACGGACGCCCUACAUCGUCGUCAGUUUCGUGAUCUUUUCUCUAGCCGCGAUUACAGCUGCUAUCGACUGCUAUGUCGCGUUUGAGAGGAUAUUUGCGUCGACUUCGGGGGAACAUUAUAUUGAGCUAUGGAGGGAGGAUUUGAGAGGGUGGAGGAAGAUUUUAAGUAAUUCGUUGGCAAGUGUGUAUGUGGUCAUUGGGGAUGGACUAUUGCUUUGGCGCGCCUAUAUCAUCUGGAGAGACAGGUGGAUGGUCAUGAUUCUUCCGACUUUAUGCUACCUGGCGCACAUAGCUUGCGCGAUUCGCCUCGAAUUCCCCUGGCCAAACGUCCGCGUCAACCGAGCGGGUGUGAGCGCUUGGAUUUUCUUGACGGUAUCUGUCAACGUCAUGGUCACAGGCCUCAUCUCCUACCGCCUAAUUCGCGCUCGACGUGAUCUAUCGAAAGCACUGCCUGGAAGGAACCUCGCGCAUUACUCGGGAGUCGUCGCCAUCCUCAUCGAAUCCGCUCUCCCGCUCACCAUCUUCGGGCUGGGGUAUGCGUUCAGCAUGGUUGUGAAUCCGCAUAAAACCACCCAGCAUCAAGCCGCGGGGCACAUCACGAAUAUGAUUUUCUCGCUCCUCUAUUUCUCCUUUGCUGCGUUGGCUCCGCAGAUGAUUAUCUUCCGAGUUACAACCGGACGAUCGUGGUUGAAGGCCUCCGAACCUACGACUGCCACUGCGAUUAGCAGGCCACUGUUCUUUGCACAGGGACCAGUAGAGCAGUCAUAUAUUACUGACCAUCUGGGCCAGAGUCAAGCCCCGACUGGAGAUAUGAGUGAGAAUGAUUCUGAGAAGUCCCAGUUGCAAGCCACCAAGUCAGUACCCAUUGUUUAAACCUGUUGAUUCGUUCAAUGUAUAUU